CGGGUCGUCGUCCGGGUCCACGGACUGACUGUAGCAGCGGUGCCGCAGCACAGACGCCGCCGCGGCGGGGAGAGUUUCGACCGUUGUGGAGGAGCAUCCCGGGGUCAACAGUCCUCUAGUAACGAGCACACCAAAAUACCGAGACUAUGUGUGAGCGAUUAAGGACUCAUGUGUUCCUAGGAGCCCCCUCUUCUCUGUCAAGCCCUGGUCAAGACUCAAGUGACGGUAGCUCCUGUGGUUCUGCAGUCUGGACCCAAGUGGACCUCAGCUGGAAGGAUGGGAGGCUAAAACCAAAAGACCAACUGACUGCUGUAAGCAAAAAAAUACAUUUCCACCAUCCAUUAUCUGUUGUUGAUGGGGUUCAAACUGCAAAUACUUCAACUGAAAAUGAGUGUUCUGCCUCUGUCUUGGAGUAUCUGGAAAGCUGUUUCCCUCUGAUGGACCAGGAGCCUCUUAAAGCCCCCACUCCACUGUCCCAUCACUCACAAUACCUCAGCACAUGGACUCUGAGUCAGGCUCUCAUCUUGAAAGGAGGCCCUCUAGUACCCACUACCAGAACUGCACAGACAUCCUUCAGAACCUCACCUCAAGGUUCUGCCACAUCCUACAGCACCACCCCAGAGCUGUUCAGUCCUAACCAUAACACUAGCCUGGACACAAGCCCCCCUGCACCCCACCUGACAGCACCAAGGGCAAUCACUACCACACAUUCUGCGGACCUCUUCUCUUCACUCAGUCCCACCACCAGAGGUGAGGAGGGCGGGGUGCUGCUCCAAGCCACUGCCGAGGGGCUUCUCUGCUCACAGGAACAAGAGUCAGAUGAGAGUACCUCCAAAAGAACAAAACUUUCUGAAGAGUUCAUUGACAAAACUUCUGUAGAUAAUGUUGUCUCUGUAGAAGCUAGCCCAACCACACCAUUAGCUUGCUGUGUCAAAGCUGGAACUCACUACUCUAUUUUGGUGGCAGUGGUUCAUCCUUGUCAUUUAAAAGAGAUUAGGCUAAAAUCAGGAAAAUGUAUACCUCUGGCCUCCAUUGUUGUGACGGACCAAUCAGGAAUGGAAAUGAAGGUGGCACUGUGGAGACGAGCAGCAUUCUGGGUGCUCACUGUCAACCCUGGUGAUGUUCUCCUAAUAACAGAAUUGCAGAUAAAUGAGGAUAACUGGAGAGGGGAAAGAGUUCUAUGUUCAACAUAUAACAGUAAACUCCUGAACCUGGGCAGAGUCCCACCCCCAGGAACACUAACAGUCUCUCAGCAAGUCAGAGCUCGAUGUUUGACACCUCUGUAUGAUUUCCUCACCAAACAUCGCCCCCUGCUGGUAUCACUGCCUGUCCCUCCAGCACAGGCACUCACCCGCCUCCCUUACGCCACCAUCAGGUCACUGAGGCUUAAUACACUGGUCCACAUGCUGCUAAGAGUGACUCAUACUCACCUGAGCAAAGAGUGGCAGAGUGAGGCAGACUCUCGCUGUAGAUCUGCUCUUCAGCGCAGGGCCAUUGUCACGGUGGAGCAGCCUGGAGGCCAGCAGGGGGCGCUUAUUUUAUGGGGUGCGGCUGUAGAAUGGCUGCCACGCUUCACCAGAGACACAGCAACCGUAUGGGACUUCCAUAAUCUCCUGGUGAGGGAGGGUGUGACCUUUGACAUUCCUGAAGUUCACUCUACCUCAUGGAGCUCAGUGCACGCCCUCGACCGAACUGACCCCCGAAUGAGCAGCUUUUUACAGCCUCUCAGAGCAGCAGCCAGCAGCAGUGUGGAGCUGGAUCUGAGGACCCUGCUGUCUCAGAAAUACAGUGGUGAAGUGGAGCUGAGAGUUAAUGUAGAAGCCUUCCAUUUCCAUGCUGCUCCUCUGUCUCCAAAACCUGUGCUGGUCCUGGACAGGUCCUCCUCCUCUGCAGAUGUGCUGAAGCUGCUUAGUGCUGACGUCACAUUCACAGGCUGUGGGCGCUGUGGGGCGGAGCUUGACACAGACUCCAAUGACAUCUACCGCCCCUGCUACCCAUGCCUUCCUCACACCAGUGUACGCUGUUACUACAGGCCUGCAGUGCUCACCCUCACUGAUGGAGACCAUCAGAUGUGUGUUCAGGUGCCUCCAAUUCUCCUGCAGAAAAUCCUCAUGGCCCCCCCAGAUAAACUUUGCAGGAGCUCAGCUCCGGGGUCUGUGGUGAAGAACAUGGACCUGGCAGCACAGCGCCUUCACAACCUGCUCUCUCUCCCAAAGAAAGACUUGACUGUGACUGUCCAGACUCACUUUCUGUGUGAUGAAAAUAGUGUGCCCCUUUAUCAGGAGUUCAAUUUGCUGGACCUUCAGUUCCCGAUGUGAUGUGGCAUUUUUAAGCAUUUUCAAGUAUUCAUAUUUUAUAAACCAUAACUUCAGAUGAGUUAACGUAAGAACAGCGGAGCUUUACAUUCAGAACUCUUUCUAUUUGAUACAGCUGUGAAAAAACAGUUUUUUAUAAUUUAGCAUUAUAAAUUAGUAUAACACAAUAUGUUAUAAUUUAUUGUAUUUAUUUAUAUUUUUUAUUAUCAAUUAUUUGUUUUCAAUAAAAUGAAAUCAAUAAGAUCACU